AAAACACCCAAGUUCCGACACAUUUUUACCACCCGUCUUUUUCGCGUCACGUCGGCGAACAAUCUGAGCACGAACUCAUCAUGUCAGAAAUGCAGAGACAUGAAGCGGAGCAAGAUCGGCCGAGCCCGGUAUAUAUCUGAUCAUGGAAGUGUUCUAAAGUCACGAUGUUACACAGACCACAACUGUCCUGCAUCUUGUCCUGGCAAACCAAUUUCUGUCCUUUAAACAGACGCAAUUUCCAAAAGCAUUCCUGGGCACAGCAGUAAACACAGCAACUGGUUUCGCUCUCGCCAACGGACAGGAUGAGUGCCGUUGCCCAGCAGGUCGAUGAGGCCAGGGAAGACGGCGAGGCAAGUCUCGGUGUUGAUCCGCGCCUCGAUAUAGUCGACUGGGACGGACCAAACGACCCUGAGCACCCUCAGAACUGGUCGACUUCGAGAAAAGUCACUUGUGCUGUGGUACUUGCGUUUAUUUCCACUCUCAGCCCAUUUGCUUCCUCCAUUAUUUCGCCCGGCAUCAGUUACAUCAAGGCAGAUCUCGACAUUACAAACGACUAUGCUGGGGCCUUUGUGGUCUCCGGCUUCCUUAUUGGCUAUUGUUGCGGCCCUCUCAUUAUUGCCCCGCUAUCCGAACUCUUCGGCCGAUCCAUUCUCUAUAAUGUUUGCAGUGUGAUGUUUCUCGCUUUCAACAUUGCUUGUGCAGUGGCCCCGAGUGCUGGCAGUCUCAUCGUCUUCCGCAUAUUCGCUGGCAUCGGUGGUUCUUGCCCCUUGACGCUCGGCGCUGCCUCGUUGGCAGAUUUUGUACCUUCGGAAAGGAGAGGAGCUUCUAUGACGAUCUGGACACUGGGCCCUAUGGUAGGACCAACAAUUGGACCAAUAGUCGGUGGAUACCUCACUCAGGCAAAAGGCUGGAGAUGGGAUUUCUGGGUCCUUGCCAUCGCUAGUGGCGUCACCGCGAUCGUGACCAUACUAGCCCUACCCGAGUCAUAUUCUUACACCAUUCUUGAGCGUAGAACUAGGCGCCUACGAAAGGAAACUGGAAAUCCGAACCUUCGGUCGGCGUUAAUGGCCAGAGGAACCACCAAGGAGCUUUUCCUGCUUUCCAUCUUCCGUCCUGUGAAGCUCAUGUUUUUGUCCCCUAUCGUACUUCUGCUCUCAGUCUACAUGGCAGUCCUCUACGGCUACUUGUAUCUGCUCUUCACGACGUUCCCACAGGUGUUUAGAGGUCAAUACGACUUCAGCACUGGUUCGAUUGGUUUAUCCUACAUUGGCAUCGGCGUCGGGUCUGUAUUGGGUCUGUUUUCCUCCGGCGCGGUGUCCGACAGGCUAGUCGUCGGCUUAAAGGUCAGAAACGGCGGAGAGAGCAAGCCCGAAUAUCGUUUGCCGCCCAUGGCGGUUGGCGCCUGCUUGGUUCCCAUAGGAUUGUUUUGGUACGGAUGGACCGCAGAAAAGCAACUGCACUGGAUACUCCCCAUUUUGGGAACGACAAUUCUUGGGGGUGGUAUGGUCAUAGUACUCAUGUCAAUCUCCACCUAUCUGGUCGACGCUUUCACCAUUUAUGCAGCAUCCGCCAUGGCUGCCAAUACAGUUACACGAUCUCUGGUUGGAGCAUUCUUACCACUUGCUGGCAACAGCUUAUAUCAGACUCUGGGCCUCGGGUGGGGCAAUUCGCUACUGGGAUUCAUUGCAUUUUCAAUGAUCCCAAUACCGUUUGUCUUUUACAUUUACGGAGAAAGGAUUCGACACAGCAAUCUAUUCAAAGUCGAGUUUUAGCCUCAAGCCAGACGGCAUUUCAUAGCCUGGUUUCAUGUAGAUCGGAGUGAGAGUCGAUUGGUUGAUUGAUUGAUUGAUUGUAUUGCCCAAAUCAUCGAACUCGUCCAGGAGCUCCCAUAGUUGCACUUCCGAUCCACUACAAUUUUGGCCGACUUGAGCUGAAUCUGGCAGUAAAGGCACAAUGCCAUGAUGUAACAGGCCAUCUUUCCUAUGCUGUACUGUAUGAAGAUACUUCUCCAUACUAGGUGGCACUUGCAAUUUGUGUCGUUUGAAUGAGCUCAGAACCCUAGCCAAGACGUCCGUCGCCAACGGGAGUGCUAAUCUCAUCUCGAGGAGGCACUGGUAGACACGGAUUAAUCUAUCCAUCUAUAUCGGCGAGGCAUCCUUGAAUUCGCGCUGAUCAUUAGGGAGAGCUGCAUCCGUUCGGACUUCUUUAAUGGGUCGGUUGUCCAGUCUAAGUGUG